AUGGCGGAGAGAGGAGGAGGCUGGGGUCGGCGGGAGAGAAUCCUGCUGUGGGGCGUGCUGGUGGUUGCGUGGGAUGCGGCGUGGGGACAGCUGCGCUACUCGGUUCCCGAGGAGAUGCCCAAGGGCUCGUUCGUGGGCGACGUGGCCAAGGACCUGGCGCUGGACCUGACGGCGCUCGGCGAACGCGGCGUCCGCCUUGUGUCUGAAGGUAGGACGCAGUAUUUCGGUCUGGAGGGGAAGACGGGACAUUUGGUGACAGCGGAGAGGAUAGACCGGGAGCAGCUGUGCGAGAGUGUGCAGCAAUGCGUGCUGCGGUGUGAGCUGAUAGUGGAGGGCGGGAGAAAGAUUUAUGCAAUCGAGGUGGAGAUCACGGAUGUUAAUGACAAUGUUCCCAGCUUCCGGGAUGCACAGAAAGAACUGAGAAUAAGAGAGACGACAGCCCCGGGAUCGCGAUUUCCCCUGUCCGAGGCUCACGACCCGGAUUUGGGUCGGAAUUCUCUGCAGAGCUACGAGCUGAGCGGCGACGAGCACUUCUCGCUGGCCGUGCAGACGGGCCCCGGCGGGGAUCAGCGGCCCGAGCUGGUGCUGGCGAAGGCGCUGGACCGGGAGGAGGCGGCGUUUCACGAGCUGGUGCUGCGGGCGAGCGACGGCGGAGAGCCGGCACGGACGGGCACGGCGCGGAUCCGCGUGGCGGUGCUGGACGCCAACGACAACGCGCCGGUGUUCAGCGCGGCGGAGUACACGGUGCGUGUGGCGGAGGACGUGCCCGUGGGCUCCGUCCUCGUCACCCUCACGGCCACCGACGCCGACGAGGGCAUGAACGGGAAUGUUAAGUAUAGUUUUCAGAAAAUUUCGGAUCGUGCGUCGGAAAAUUUCCAGCUGAACUCCGAGUCGGGAGUAAUCAGGCUGUUGCGGAGCCUGGACUUCGAGGAAGGACACUUCUAUGAACUGAAGGUACAGGCAGAAGAUGGAGGGGGGCUUUCCGACACCGCGAAAGUCACUGUUACCGUGACAGACGUCAAUGACAACGCGCCCGAACUGACAGUAACCUCUCUGCUGAGUGAGAUCUCCGAGGACGCACCGUCAGGGACAGUGGUGGCCCUGCUGCACGUGCAGGACUUUGACUCAGGAGCCAACGGCCAAGUGCGGUGCUCACUGGAUGGGGGUGUCCCAUUCCGUCUGGUAAAGACUCUCGAGAAUUACUACCGCGUGGAGACGUCUCGGGAGCUGGACCGGGAGAAGGUGUCGGAGUACAACGUGACGGUGCGGGCAGCAGACGGCGGGUCGCCGGCGCUGUGGAGCAGCGCGGUGCUGGCGCUGCGGGUGCUGGACGUGAACGACAACGCGCCGGUGUUCUCGGAGGAGCGGUACAGCGCGCGUGUGGCCGAGAACAACGCGGCGGGCGCGGUGGUGGUGCGGGUGCGGGCGUCGGACGCGGACUGGGGGGAGAACGCGCGCGUGCGGUACCGGCUGGUGGAGGGCCGGGUGCGGGGAGCAGCGCUGUCGUCGUACGUGUCGGUGCAGGCGGAGACGGGCGCGCUGUACGCGCUGCGCUCCUUCGACUACGAGGAGGUGCGCGAGGUGGGGCUGUGGGUGGUGGCGGAGGACGGCGGCGCGCCGGCGCUGAGCAGCAACGUGUCGGUGCGGCUGGAGAUCCUGGACGAGAACGACAACGCGCCGCAGGUGCUCUACCCGCCGCCGGCCUCGGCCUCGGGGUCGUUGUCAUCGGAGUGGCCGGUGGUGGAGCUGGCACCGCGGUGGUCGGAGCCCGGCUCGCUGGUGGCCAAGGUGGUGGCGGUGGACGCGGACGCGGGUCAGAACGCGUGGCUGUCGUACGAGGUGUGGAAGGCGACGGAGCCGGGUCUGUUCCGCGUGGGGCUGCACAACGGCGAGGUGCGGACGGCGCGGGCCGUGUCGGAGAGGGACGCGUCCCGGCAGAGGCUGGUGGUACUGGUGCGAGACCGCGGGCAGCCGCCGCGCUCGGCCACCGCCACGCUGGGCAUCGCCCUGGUGGACGGCUUCUCCGACACCUUUCAAGAGCUCAACCAGGCUCCGGCGGUGAGGCAGCAGUCAGAGGAGGCCGACGAGGACCUGCUCACCAUCUACCUCAUCGCCUCUCUCGUCUGUGUGUCGUCGCUAUUCCUUCUGUCCGUCCUUGGCUUCUCGAUGUCCAGGCUCUGCUCCAAGUCUCGCCUUCGGGGGAGCCUUUCACCUCCCGCUGUCCACUGCUACGCUGAUGGAGACUUCGCCGCCGACGGUGUGGACAUGAGGGGCACGGGCACUCUGUCGCCGAAUUACCGCUAUGAAGUGUGCUUGACCACCGGCUCAGGGAAGAGUGACUUCCAGUUUCUGAGGCCUGUCCUGACUGUCCCGCCAAGCAGCGCUGAGGAGGGGCCGAACCUGGAUGAGAAACCCCUCUGUAGCUCGCAGCCCGCGGGAGGGAAGGAAGCAGCCCCAGGGAGUGCAGCCCCUCCUGCCGUUUUUCUGCCCGAGUGGCUGACCGAUGGGCGCGUCCAUGCCUGA